AUGGCUAAUCUUCGAUGCUGGUUGUUAGUUCAGUUGUCCCAAGGACGCUUCCAAUCUGUCGCUAAACACUCAAACGAAACCCCCUUUUUUUCUCAGCAUAAAACUAGGCUUCGUCUAUCCGGUGAUAUAGACCUACCAUCCGUUGAUGUUCUCAUUACUUGCUGUGGAGAGGACUUGAAUGUCAUCCUUGACACUGUACGUGCGGCCUGUCUCAUUGAUUACCCUAGUACAAAGUUUCGGGUACUCGUACUAGAUGACGGCAAUAGCGAUGCUUUAAAUGAAGCAGUCACUCAACUUCAAAAGGAAUGGAAUAACGUACAUUAUCACGCGAGAGGAGUACGGCCAGAUCAACAUGUGUUUGCGAAAGCAGGAAACCUUAAUUAUGCCCUUUUCGAAAUUCAGGGCCAAAUGGAUAGUCCUCCGGAGUUUUUUGCUGUCUUUGACGCGGACUUCAUACCAUCACCGGAUUUCCUAAGGGCAACGCUUCCACAUAUGUUGCUAUAUCCGAACUUGGCAGUUCUCAGCACUUUCCAGCGUUUUUAUAAUCUUCCUUAUAAAGAUCCCCUCUAUCAAGGAUUGGACCAUUUUAACGAAGUGGUAUACACUAAGCAAAGUCAAUUGGGAAUGGCCGAAAUUGGAGGUUCAGGCUUUAUCGCACGCAGAGAUCCGAUUAUUAAGCUCCACGGCUUUCCUUCUAUCUCGUUUUUGGAAGACAUAAUGCUUUCCCUUAUUUUACACGGAAUGGGCCACCAAAUGAUCCUGAAUACGGAAAUGCUACAGUUCGGACUUGCUCCUACGUCGCUUGAAGGGCAUGUAUCUCAGAGGCAAAGAUGGGCCAUUGGAUGGUCUCAGCAAAUCCUGGCACUGAGAGAAUCUAAAGAUAAUACGGUUCCACUAUCUCUUCGAUGGCCCAUUGCGUCUCAAGGCUUUAUCUUUAUUCUGAGUCUACUUGGCCAAUGCCUUAGUUUCAUUGUCGUUCCCCUUGCCUUGGCCUCUGGAAAGACGCUUAUUCCAUCAACAUCAUUAGGGGCUUUUCAACUACAAGGAAUUCUCUCGGUUUUCUACGUUUGGCUGAGUUGGCUUCAUGAAUGGUUCCAAAGUUCACAGACGGGAUUUUGUAUAUCACCAUUCUCAGUAUUCGAGGAGCUAUGGAUGUCCCCAGGGCAGGUUUAUGCCCUGGCACAGUUCUACUUUUUCCCUCUUAGAUCUCGAGGGUCCCUUGUGACAGGAAGUACCGAAAACGAAUGGAAUAAUAACAUGGACAGUUCUAAGAAGCGAAUAUUAGAGCUCUGGAGUAAUCUUUGGCUCUCCGGAGUGGGUUACACUUUGCUCUGCGUUUCAUCUCUUCUGGGAUCUAUGGUGUACGCAGCGACUAUUUCGAUAUACAGAGGUGAUUCAGACACCAAUAGCACCAGUACUGCAGAGGCCCUUCUUACCACAGUUGCCUGGCCUUCAAUCUUAAAUAUAUGCUAUCUUCUCAUUACAUGGAGCUGGCCCCCUCUAUCAUAUGUCUUGUCUCGCCCAACUUAUCCGGAUCGAAAAACUACUCUAGGUCCCCACCCCAUCGAUCAUCGUGCCGUUUACCCUAAAGGACAAACGAUAGAGCAAAUUCAGCGUCCCCGAACAGGCCCGCUCGGGUGUUAUAAACAUUUUGCACUUGUGCCACUAGUUCUGGCAAUGCUAGCCAUCUCGAUUCUUAUGAUUAGUUGA